AGGUACGGCUCAUAUGUACCUGUGUUUCGCACACCGUGGCACUUGAGCGCGCCCCCUUUGCAUCUACUCCCCAGCUAUCCGUGUGUCGCGCAGACUGCUUGCCAGCAGAUGCGGGUCUCAGACAUCUUCUUUGGUCUGUUCUAUCCCAAGCCGACAUCAUGAGCGCGCCAGCCAACUGUAUCGCUGGCUACCGGCUUGCUAUUCGCACGCGGGGCAGCCGCCGUGGCCUCAAGCCAUGUGCCUCCUUCUUCAACCUCCGGGCAACACCAGUCCUGCAGCAUGAAGUCCAUUCCAAACAUCUCAACCAACCAGCUGCGGGUAUUCGGAGUUUGGCCCGUCUGCGUCCGUUGAGCCUGCAGCAGCGUGUCACGAAGAUCCCCAGUACAGCCGUUACGCGCCACGCGUCCCAUGCUGCAGCGGAGCCGCACGACGAAGAGAUUCCUACCUCACCGCCAUUCAGUGCUGGACCGUACGCCAACUUGACUAUCGGUGUCCCCAAGGAGAGCUAUCCAGGCGAGCACCGAGUCGCCAUUACACCUCAAAAUGUCAAACUCUUGCUCAAGAAGGGCUUUUCCAGGGUCCUCAUCGAGCGCGGCGCUGGAGCCGAAGCCCAAUUCACAGACGAAGCGUACGAGCAGGCUGGCGCCAAGACUGUUGAUCGCAGGAGCGUCUUUUCUGAAGCCGAUAUCAUGCUGAAAGUCAGACCUCUUAGUGUUGAAGGAGAAGACAGUGAAGUCGAUGCUAUCCGUGAGGGUGCAACUAUCAUCUCAUUUCUCUAUCCCGUUCAGAAUAAGCAUGUCGUGGACCGUAUUGCAUCGCGCAAAGCUACUGCAUUCGCCAUGGACAUGGUCCCGCGUAUAUCACGUGCGCAGGUGUUUGACGCGCUGAGCUCCAUGGCCAACAUUGCUGGGUACAAGGCCGUCCUAGAAGCUUCAAAUCAUUUCGGACGCUUUCUUACGGGACAGACAACCGCUGCAGGAAAGAUCCCGCCUUGUAAAGUCCUCGUCAUUGGCGCUGGUGUAGCAGGAUUGAGUGCCAUUGCAACUGCACGACGCAUGGGCGCCAUUGUGCGUGGUUUCGACACUCGCUCAGCAGCUCGCGAGCAGGUUCAAUCUCUUGGUGCUGAAUUCAUCGAAGUCGAACUCGAGGAGGACGGUUCUGGAGCCGGUGGAUAUGCCAAAGUGAUGUCCAAGGAGUUCAUUGAAGCCGAGAUGAAGUUGUUCUACGAGCAGUGUCGCGAGGUCGACAUUGUCAUCACGACCGCUUUGAUUCCUGGAAGACCGGCCCCGAAGCUGAUUACCAAACAAAUGCUAGGAGCUAUGCAUCCGGGAUCAGUGGUCGUGGAUCUUGCAGCUGAGGCUGGUGGCAAUUGCGAAGCGACUGAACCAGGGAAGUUGACCAAAUACAAGGACGUUACCAUCAUUGGCUACACCGAUCUUCCAUCUCGUCUACCCACUCAGUCCUCUACACUCUACUCUAACAACGUUACUAAGCUACUACUCUCACUCGUACCUAAGGAUAAGAAAGACAAGUACUACGAUGUCGAUCUUACUGAUGAAGUCACGCGUGGUUCCAUCGUCACGUACGACGGAAAGAUUCUCCCGACUGCUCCCCGACCUGCGCCCCCGCCUGCACAGGCCAAAGCAGCGCCUUCUCCAGCGGAUCAAGUUGCGAACAUCGUUGCUCUCACACCAUGGCAAACUCAAUCCCGCCAAGUCGCGACCGUCACUGCCGGAAUGACUGCUGCCCUCGCCCUCGGCAAAUACACUUCGCCCCUAUUCAUGUCGAACGCCUUCACGUUUGCUCUGGCAAGUCUGAUUGGAUAUCGCGUCGUCUGGGGUGUUGCUCCUGCCCUGCAUUCGCCGCUCAUGAGUGUCACCAAUGCAAUCUCCGGCAUGGUUGGUAUUGGAGGUCUCUUUGUUAUGGGAGGCGGUUACUUCCCAGGAACCAUUCCUCAAACUCUUGGUGCGCUCUCUGUCUUGCUCGCGUCUGUCAAUGUCGCAGGAGGCUUCGUCAUCACCAAGCGCAUGCUAGACAUGUUCAAGCGCCCAACCGAUCCACCCGAAUUCCCAUGGCUUUAUGCAGUACCAGCCGUCUUGUUCGGUGGAGGCUACGUUGCAGCUGUAUCCACUGGAAUGGCUGGUCUUGUACAGGCGGGUUAUCUUGUCAGCAGCGUCCUUUGUGUGGCUUCCCUCUCUGGACUGGGUUCCCAGGUUACGGCCCGCCGAGGUAAUUUGCUGGGUAUACUAGGUGUCAUGUCUGGUAUCUUGGCUUCUUUGGCUGCGGUCGGCUUCACGCCUGACGUGCUCGCUCAAUUCGCUGGAGUGGCUGCUAUUGGUACCAUUGCCGGUCUGGCCAUCGGCCGACGAAUUACCCCAACCUCACUCCCGCAGACAGUUGCUGCACUGCAUUCGGUAGUCGGCCUCGCAGCUGUGUUGACUAGUAUUGGUAGCGUCCUCGGCCAUUCCGGAGACAUCUCCACCCUGCAUCUGGUCAGUGCCUAUCUUGGUGUCCUCAUUGGUGGUAUAACUUUCACGGGAAGCAUUGUCGCUUUCUUGAAACUGGCUGCGAAGAUGUCCUCCAAACCGUUGGUGCUUCCUGGCCGCCAUCUCGUUAACGGCACGCUUUUGGGUGCGAACUUUGCCACGUUGGGAGCCUUCCUAGCAUAUGCUCCUGGAGCACCUAUGAUUGGCGCUGCCUGUUUGAUCGGCAACGCAGUACUCAGCUUCAUCAAAGGAUACACCACUACAGCGGCGAUUGGUGGUGCCGACAUGCCCGUCGUCAUUACGGUUCUGAACGCGUAUUCGGGGUUCGCACUUGUGGCCGAGGGCUUCAUGUUGGAUAAUUCUCUACUGACCACGGUCGGUGCCCUGAUAGGUGUAUCGGGCUCUAUCCUGUCGUACAUCAUGUGUGUGGCCAUGAACCGAUCGAUUACGAACGUCUUGUUCGGCGGCAUAGCUUCGACGCCUCAAACCCAGACCAAGAUCGAGGGUGAAAUUACCAAGACCACCGCAGAUGAGGCAGCGGAGGUAUUGGUGAAUUCCGAGAAUGUCAUUAUAGUCGUCGGCUACGGAAUGGCAGUCGCAAAAGCGCAGUAUGCCAUCUCUGACUUCGUCGCAGCUCUGCGUGCCAAAGGCAUAAACGUUCGCUUCGCCAUCCAUCCUGUCGCCGGCCGCAUGCCAGGACAGUGUAACGUGCUGCUCGCCGAGGCCAACGUGCCCUACGACAUUGUGUUGGAGAUGGACGAGAUCAACGACGACUUCCCCGAGACAGAUGUCACACUCGUCAUCGGUGCAAACGAUACUGUCAAUCCGAUCGCACUAGAGCCUGGUUCCUCCAUUGCUGGCAUGCCGGUCCUGCACGCGUGGAAGAGCAAGAACGUGAUCAUCAUGAAGAGAGGUAUGGCAAGUGGGUAUGCGGACGUGCCAAACCCCAUGUUCUACAUGGAGAACACGAAGAUGCUGUUCGGCGAUGCGAACGACAGCUGCAACGCCAUCAAACGCGCUCUUGAAGAGAAGCUCAAGGGUCUCUGAGCUCGGGGACGGGUCUGCAAUAUUGGCGUUACAUCUGCUACCUAUAAUUGCUGAAUUACAUAUGAUCUCAGCACAAGCCCUGCCUCCGAAAUGCUUUCGAGUCUGAUGUUCCCGCCGGGAAAUAACGUUGACGUUUUCGCGUUGC